UCUUCGGCUGUAGCGGCGCCUCUCUGUGUCAACAUCAAGAGAUGAUCAACAACCAGCGGCAUUUAGCUGCUAAACAACCUCACUGACGUGUGUUUUUCUUGCCUGUGUGAGUGAGCACAUCAAGGAGCGGCGUGUGGAGCCAGCUGCUGCAGCAUCAGACAUCCUGAUGGAGACAUAAAGUCCACUGAUGGAAACCCAGAGGAAGAGCUCUGGGGAUGACAGUGGCGGAGAGCGAGGCCUGCUCCACACCUGGAAGGGCUACUCCUGCAGUGUCACUCCAGAAAGGCUGCUCCUCCCUGUGCCUGUGCUCCAGGUCGCCUUGGGCACCCGGCACGGUGUUCUGCUGGUAGAAGGUGGACAGGUGUACAGUUUUGGGGAGCUGCCAUGGAAGCAGAGUCAAGUGCCCGAGCCGGCGAAACCCACCCUGGAGAGCGCGCUCAGCGGCCAGCGAGUGGUCGCUGUCGCAGCUGGAAGCUUCCACAGCGGGGCAGUGACAGAGGACGGUGGCGUCCACAUGUGGGGGGACAACAGCUCAGGACAGUGCGGCUUGUCCGGCCUCACCACCGUCCCCAACCCGACUCCAGUCGCUCUGGUGGACUCCGACACCAGCCCGCCACAGACGGUCCCAGUGCUGGAGCUUUCCUGUGGCGAGCAGCACACCCUGGCGCUGUCGGUGCAGCGGGAGGUGUGGGCGUGGGGCAGCGGUUGCCAGCUGGGCCUCAAUGUCACCGUUUUCCCUGUCUGGAAACCACAAAAGGUUGAGCACUUGGCAGGCAGGUAUGUAUUACAGGUGGCAUGUGGGGCUUCACACAGCCUGGCUCUGGUGCGCUGCCUGGGGCCUCAGGACAUCCACCGGCCCCCCGUGGACAAAUGCAGACAGUGUAACCAGCUGCUGUACACUAUGACGGACAAAGAGGACCACGUCAUCAUCUCUGACGGGCACUACUGCCCCCUCGGUGUGGAGCUGACUGAGGAUGACGGCAGGCUGGAGACACCUGCUCUGACACAGGUCCUCAAAACAUCCCCGUCUGAGCCGGUCCUCCCCUCCCAGAUCUCCACCUCAUACUCCUUAGCACCUGCUCAAGGUGGUGACCCCUCUUCUGACCCCACUCAGGACAUGGACAAAGAGGAGUCAGUCUUGGCUAAUGGAGCACUGCCAGCGUCAGAUUCCGACCCCUCAGCUAAGUCCGGAGAUGGCGGUGUUGUAGGGGUCAAGAGCUCACCGUAUCCAGAUGAGCAGGCUGUCAAAGACUACCUGAAGAAGCUGUCAGACAACACGACGGCUGAGCAGACGGCGAAGGUGACGGCUGGAGGGCCGCACACUCUGCUACCGUCAGCAGGAGGGCCCAGCUCCACGCUCAACAGCCUCGUGGCCUCCUGCGCCUCCGCAGUGGGCGAGCGGGUCGCCUCCACCUACGAGGCCCUGUCCCUCAAAAAGAUGAUGAACUUCUACCUUCCCUCAGGAGUGCCGAGGCCAGGUGGGCCGGUGGGGUUCACAGGCGUUGUGGGCGACAACACCGCAGAGCGCGUCCGCCAGGAGGACUCCACUCAGGCCAAGAAGAGCUCCAGCACAGGGGACAUCCGCGAGGAGGAGGCCGAGGGUCUCCGGCGCCGCCUCUCGCUCCCGGGACUCCUCUCUCAGGGUAGAUACGCUGUUCACCUCUUAUCCUCCUCCUAUGCCCUGCUGCUGUCCCCGCGGCUGCUGAGAAAAGCCGGACGUCCCAGGAUGCGUGCAGUCGCCCUCACCCCGCUGGGAGGGGCGGUCCCCGAGGCCCAGGAGGUGUUCCCCACCCUGCAGACGGAGGUGUGGAGCUGGGGCAACGGCGAGCACGGGCAACUUGGACAUGGAGACAGUCUGGCCAGAUUACAGCCGCUGUGCAUCAAGAGUCUGAACAAUAAGGAAGUGGUGCGGGUGGCAGCCGGCGCUCAUCAUUCCCUCGCCCUCACCGCUCAGUCUCAGGUGUUCUCAUGGGGAAGUAACAGCUCUGGUCAGCUUGGACACAUGGAGUCACCCAGCACUGUCCCCCGCCUUGCAAAGCUGUCAGAGGGGAUCCGGGUCUGGGACGUGAGCGCUGGGGAGAGACACACCCUUCUGCUCGCAGACGGAGACUGCUUCCGUCCUAUUAUUUAUUACAGCGGACAGCAGGUCAAAGAGGGAGCGGAGGAGAGCAACGCCAAGGAGCUGGGUCAACAGGAAGGAGAGGAAGAGGAGGGGCGGGUGGGGGGCUACACCCAGCAGCCUGUGCUACUCCCCUUCUGCAUGGACCUCGGUUACGUCAGCAACGUGUUUGCGGGCGGCCAGCGGUGCGCGGCGCUGUGGGACAGGAACGUGAUGGGCUUCAUCGCCAGCCUCCACGAGCUGGCCUCAGCCGAAAGGAAGUUCUACUGCAAGCUGUCCAACAUCAAGACGCAGAUAAUACGCCCCCUGCUGGAGCUGGAGUCUCUGAGCUCAGCCCUCGGCCAGGUGAACCUCGGGCUGCUGCAGAGCCUGGCAGGCCGAUUUAGCUUCUUGUGUCACCUAACCGGGCAGCACGCCGCCAGCCUCACCGCCAACCUGCGCCGCGUCCGCGACGUCAAGAGCCUGCUUGUCCUCGACCACGCCAGCAUCUUCCUCGACUUGUACAAGGAGUACUGCAGCACUGUGGGCAACUUCCAUGUGAUGGGAGGUUUCCAGUCCCUGACCAAACCCUCACUAGAUUUCUUCGGGAAGAGUCCAGAGCUGCUUAAGAAGCUUGCAGAGUGCAGCGAGGAGAACCCCACCAUGGCCGACCUCCUGGUGGCGCUCUUCUACCUCCCAACUCGCCACCUUCACGAGUACGGCCGGCUGCUGCUCAAACUGGCCACCUGCUUCGAAGUGUGCUCCAGUGACUACCAGAGGCUGCAGGACAGCUGCUCCAGGUUUGAAGCUUUGGCCCUCCAGCUGAAGAGAAGAAGGAAGGACGCCGAGUACACGUUUCACUUCUGGAAGAGCUUCCCCGGCAAAAUGACGGACUCUCUGCGGAAGCCUCACCGCCGGCUCAUCUGCGAGAGCAGCAACAAAGCUCUGACCCUGCAGAACGCCGGGAGGUUCUCCGUCAACUGGUUCAUCGUUUUCAACGACGCCCUGGUCCACGCACAGUUCUCCACCCAUCAUGUCUUCCCCUUGGCCACACUUUGGGUGGAGCCGAUCCCAGAGGAGAACACUGGCAUAUACGGGUUAAAGGUGAUUACACCAGAGGAGACGUUCACCCUGUUGGCCUCCUCUCCCAUGGAGAAGGCCAAGUGGCUUCGCUCCAUCAAUCAGGCAGUGGACCAGGCCCUUAACGGGGCGGGGCAGGACACCGCAUCCAUCAGCUCGGGGUCGGGGCAAAAGCUGGAGCCUCCCAUCUCCAGGACGGCCUCGUACACUUUUUAUAAGGAUGGACGGCUGAAGGAGGCAACGUACGAAGGACGCUGGCUCGCUGGGAAGCCCAACGGCAGGGGAGUGUUAAAAUGGCCUGAUGGGAGGAUAUACACAGGGACGUUUAAGAACGGACUGGAGGAUGGCUUUGGUGAAUUCGUGGCUCCCAAUAAGACGCUCAACAAGAACGAUCACUAUCAAGGGCAGUGGAAAGAUGGCAAGAUGCACGGCCUCGGGACAUACAGGUAUGCCAGUGGUGAGGUUUACGAUGGAUCCUUCCAGGACAGCAUGCGACACGGCCAUGGCAUGCUGCGCAGUGGCAAGCUCAACACCUCCUCCCCCAGUGUCUUCAUUGGCCAGUGGCUGCAGGACAAGAAGACCGGCUAUGGAGUCUUUGAUGAUAUCACAAAAGGGGAGAAGUACAUGGGCAUGUGGCAGGACCACCUGCGGCAGGGCACCGGGGUCGUCGUCACUCAGUUCGGCCUGUACUACGAAGGUGCCUUUAAAGAUAAUAAGAUGAUGGGCACUGGGAUCCUCGUGUCAGAGGACGACACCACGUACGAGGGGGAAUUCUCUGACGACUGGACCCUCAAUGGAAAGGGUGUGCUCACUAUGGCAAACGGUGACUACCUGGAGGGCUCCUUCAAUGGCGAGUGGGGCUCUGGCCUCAAAGUGGCGGGCUCCUACUUCAAACCGCACCUGUUUGACACCGACAAGGAAAAAACCCGUGCUGUGAAGCUGGGGCGUCUGUGUGUGAGCCCCGAGGACAAGUGGCAGGCGGUGUUUGAGGAGUGCUGGAGUCAGCUUGGCUGCGAGGCGCCGGGCCAAGGGGAGAGCUGGAAGGCAUGGGAGAACAUCGCCGUGGCCCUCACCACCAGCCGACGACACAUUGAGGACAGCCCGGAGAUGUUGUCCCGAAGUCACAGCAGAACCCUGGAGAGUCUGGAGGUCAUCCCGCAGCACGCAGGACCAAUCACCAUGGAGAGGUAUCACACCAUCCGCCUGUACCUCAUCAAGGCGUGUGACACUCCGCUCCACCCGCUGGGCCGGCUAGUGGAAACCCUGGUGGCGGUCUACAGGAUGACCUACGUGGGCGUUGGAGCGAAUCGCCGGCUGCUGCCUCAGGCUGUCAACGAGAUCAAGUCGUACCUGAACCGCAUCUUCCAGAUCGUCAGGUUUCUGUUCCCAGACCUGCCAGAAGAGGGCGGCCUAAUUCCAGAGCCCACCACCAACCUCCAGGACAAGAAGGAACCAGGCUCAACUGAUGCCCAGCUAGAGUCACCGAAACCUGGCCGUGUGGUGAGCAGCUCGGCUCUGCUGUUGCCCGUCCUGCUGCCUCGUCUCUACCCGCCGCUCUUCACCCUCUACGCUCUGGACAAGGAGAGAGAGGACGACGUCUACUGGGAGUGUGUCCUCCGCCUCAACAAGCAGCCCGACCUGGCCCUGCUCGCCUUCCUGGGUGUUCAGCAAAAGUUUUGGCCUGUCUCCAUUCCCGUCUCCCUGCCCGCGCUGGGGGAGAAGCAGCAGGUCCUGUCCAGCACCAAGGACGCCUGCUUCGCCUCCGCAGUGGAAACACUACAACAGAUCAGCACAACGUUCACCCCGUCAGACAAGCUGCAGGUGAUCCAGCUCACCUUUGAGGAGAUCACACAGGAGGUUCAGUCGCUGCUGAAGCAGGACUUCCUGUGGUCCAUGGACGACCUCUUUCCCGUCUUCCUCUACGUGGUGCUGCGUGCACGAAUCAGGAACUUGGGCUCAGAGGUCAGCCUGAUCGAAGACCUGAUGGACCCCUGCGUGCAGCACGGAGAGCAUGGAAUCAUGUUCACCACACUCAAGGCUUGUUACUACCAGAUCCAGCAUGAGAAGAUCACUUAAGACGAGCGUGGCGUUACUUCCUUUCAUCUUCACAGCCAAUCUCUGGUCCAGGAUCAGCAGGGCUUCAGGAUGACAGACGUGAGCAGCGACCAAUGAGAAGCAUCGGAUCAUACGAACAGGUUGCCAACAGCUCCAUCUGCUGCUGUCAUGGAGACCACUUCGCCCUCUGUGACACACAAACACACUCUUUCCCCCUUUUUAGUGACCUCAACAGCUUCGUACCCGCUGAUCAUGAAGGUACACGUGUGAAUAUUGACUGCCAGAGAUGAGCCACCUCAUACCGUCCAGCGUAGAACAGCUGACAGACUGACUUCCUGUGGGGAGAUCCUGAUGCAGGUUGUUACAUGUGCGGGAAAACAAGGUUCAUACUUUUUCUUUUAGUGCCAAUGGGAGCGGUUUGUUCUCACUGUGAGAUACUGGACCUCCUUUUCUCCCUUUGGAGGAGUUUGCUAGCAUGAAAAAUGACGAGACGAUGCAUCACAGAAAACAUUUCCAGUGUUUCUUCUUGUUCGACUGACACCUACAUGAAGGAAAUAAUCUCCUGAAGGCAUGUCGCUCUAUUAAUCUGACAAACUUGACUUUUUAUUUGGUGACUUUGAGACAUUGGUGAGGUUCAUGCUUUAUCUGAAGUGUUUCCAAACAGUAUUUCCUGAUUUGACUUCAAGGAUGAACAUUAACUGGUCGGCUGAGCAGAUGCACAUCUGGUUAAGUUUCCCACCUCGGAAACAGCAGCUCACAGCUACUUCACUGAGCUGGAAACUAGUUUACAGCUUGGUUUAAUACUGAAUUAUAAAUGCAAACUGACGUGGCUAUAACUAUUUUCUUUCUUCAUAGUUUUGUUCUUUGAAAUUUCAGGUCAUACAUGAAUCAGUAGUUCAGUGUCUUAAGUUUCAGUACCCUUUUCCGGACAAUAAAAUAUACGUAGGUAAAUACCUCUAUACAUGUUACAAAAAUAAAAAUGAAGUAAAAUAUGCUUAACUAAAAAAAAAUCACUUAAUAAUGAUAAUAAACAUAAAAAUAGUCAAUAAUAAAAAAAUAAAUAAAUAGAAAUAAAAAUAAAAAUAAAUAAAAAAUAGAUGGUAAUAAUAAAACAAGAUAAACUAUGUUAAAAUUAAUUAAUGAAAAACAAAAUUUUAAAUUAAUAUUAAAGGGUUAGAGAGAAAAUUCACCUUGGCUACAGCUCUAAGUGAUACUACUGCUAUUCUGUUACACCAGCUGACAGUGGAAUACGGUUAACCCCAGUUAGCGGCUAAUUUAGCUGGCUCUGACAUCAUCUUUGUUAUCUAUGACACUGGCAUUUUAAGUAAUGUCCAUAUUUGAGUACUCGCAUAAUAAAAAAAAUCUUACAUAAGAAUAGGAAUGUAAAAUGGCCGACAAUGAAAAACAAGUGCAAUUUAAAUGUAUUUAUUGAGUCACCAGGCUUCAGCUAGCCUAUUAAACCAUACGUUAGCAUGGACCGUCUCUGGAGUUCGCAGCCACUCUCCUCCUGGUGGGUUCUGUCUGGUUAGCAUGAGCUAACACAGCAGCAGCGGCUGAUAUUCGACGCCGAGGCUUUUAAUGGUCUAUCCAAACUCACACCGACACCAAAAUGGAUCGACUCUGUCCACUUAACUGACUGUCCACGGCUCGGAGCUCACACUCCCGCAGCAGUAGGCUCAUGAUAGACGGACAGAGAGCGACAGCGGGGCAAGGACAAGGCAAUACACUGCACACAGUUAAACAGAAAGUCAUGUUCACAUAUGGGAAGUUAGGUGGUGAUCACGCCAUAUAUUGAACGAAAUUGUGACGUCCAAAUCGAGUAAGCUGAUCCCCUAAAAGAUACAGUUGAAAAAAAUGUAUCUGGUGACUUGAAAGCACGCCUGAUUUCCAAAGUGCACACUUGCAGGAAAAGCAGAAGUGAGUGAAAAGAAAUGUUUUUGAUUGACAAUCUGAGAUCCAUGUGUGUGUUUCUGAGCCCGUUUUCCAGUAAAAUGAAUACUGACGCAGAACUGUAAAAUCUGAAAAUGUACGGGGUGAAAAUGUGUGUCUUUAAAGGCCCAGACACACCAAACUGGUGGCCAAGAAUGAGUGGUGACAAAGGCAGACUGUUGUGUCAACCAAAAAGUUAGUAGUAGUAGUAGGUAGUCUGUAUUCGUCAUUCAUAAUUAGAAACCGGGAGACCAACAGGUUGCAUUCAAGAUGCUAGUUAGCCAGUUAGCACAUUAAAAACACAACCCAAUGUAGAAAGUCAUAUUUAUCGUGUGCUAGCGAAAUAUAACACGAACAAUUAUGAACCAUUUCCGCAAAAGAGCUCAAUGGGCUCAGUGAGCUCUGUGUUGAUCUCAUGCCAUCUUUAGCUUUUGUUUACCUUCCUCACUUUGUUUCUCUGCCGAUCAGAGUGAUUUCUCUCACUGAUGGGCGAUUCAGCACGUUGAACAGGCCUAAAAACAGCCAACAAGGACCGAGUUGUGUAAACAGGGUAGGGAGAUCACCUUUAUUCCACUUGACCUCUAAUAAUUUUGGAGACACUCAACAAGCUGAAAAUAACCUUAAGAGUUUGUAUUCAUUGUAUUGUUCUGAAUCACGCAGUGUUCAUUGCAGGCAGGGAGAGACGUCAGCACAUGUCUCAUGAGUCUAACCAUCUCACUACACCUGUAUAUGUGUAAAAUAAUGAGAAAUGUAGAUUCAAUUUUGGAUUUUUUUCCCAGCUGCAGGUGGCGUUUGAGCAGAGAGCCGGCUUAAUGCAAACAGUUUUUAUAGAUGUGAUGUUCAAAGCCGAUUCUGUGCGCCAUCUGUUAAUGCUAACUGUUCUUUUUUUUAAACCAUUUACAGCACUAACUGUCAGACAUUGUUGCUUAUUUGUGAUCUGCGUCACACAUGCCAGUUUAUAAAAGGGCUUAAGAGGGGAUUCAGAGGAUGACCGAGCCUUUUGUUUUUUUCUUCUUCAGAUGGUUUAACAAUAGAAAAGCCAAGUGGAUCAGAGGCCUCUUUUUGGAGGGGCUAAAUUUGGGUGAAGCUGCAGGAUUUAGGAAGACUAGCAACAGAAAAUGGGUGUGAAACUGUUAGAAUUUAAAGCUCAAACUACAACUGAUUUUUAUUUGGAAAUGUUGGGGUAAGGAGACACAUAAUUCAAACAGUUCUCAUUUCAACAACACAUCUCAGUUCAUGGUCUUCUCUUGUACUUUUUGUGACUGUAAAAAUGAUUGCGAUAACGCUCUUCCAUCCCUGGUUGUGAGCUCUUGUUUCUGCUGAGACCGUAUGUGCCUGACACUUUAAGAAGUGAUGCAAUAUCGUCUGCGUAACUACGGAGUUCAUUCCCAAAACGCCAUUAUUUUUUCCAACGAGAGACUUUUAGUUUUGUGCUGCUCUUUAAAAAUAAUCAUUGACUGACAUAACAUGGCGUCCUGUUCCGUAUGUUGUGAAGGUGUGAUUUGUCUGACUUGCAAACCAAACUACAGCAACAGCACGGGACGUUUAUUGUAACGGUUGUACCCUUAACUGACCCCCUUUCAUGAAGUGUAAAUCUAAACUGAACGGUCCUAAAUAUAAACUGAAGAUAGUGUUCAUAAGCUCAUGCUGGGUUCAUGUCCUCAACACCUGUUUACCAUGGCAACGCCCCACACAGGUCAUACUGUUGCAUUGUGUGUAAAAAUGACUGUUUUAUCAAUGGACUUUGGUGUUAACGAGUUGAAAUUUUGUGUCUCAGCUGGCUGACAUGACUCCCACCUGUGUGUCUUUUAAAUGAUGUCAAAUGUAUUGUACCUUUACAUAAUAAUAACAGAGGGCAAUAAACUAAUUUGAUGGACAUUGCUAA